GUGAGAGACGUGCGUUUGCUGCGAUGCCUGAGCCGGCCAAGUCCGCUCCUGCGCCCAAGAAGGGCUCCAAGAAGGCGGUGACCAAGACGCAGAAGAAAGGCGACAAGAAGCGCAAGAGGAGCCGUAAGGAGAGCUACUCCAUCUACGUGUACAAGGUGCUGAAGCAGGUGCACCCCGACACGGGCAUCUCGUCCAAGGCCAUGGGCAUCAUGAACUCCUUCGUCAAUGACAUCUUCGAGCGCAUCGCCGGCGAGGCCUCGCGCCUGGCACACUACAACAAGCGCUCCACCAUCACCUCGCGGGAGAUCCAGACGGCCGUGCGGCUGCUGCUGCCCGGCGAGCUGGCCAAGCACGCUGUCUCCGAGGGCACCAAGGCUGUCACCAAGUACACCAGCUCCAAGUAGAUCCCUGUUUUAAAGACCGUUUAACCCAAAGGCUCUUUUAAGAGCCACCCAUCUGUUCAGUAAAAGGGCUAUAAUUGCUGUAUUUGAUCUUAGUUUUACCGGUGUUACGUUCCCUGAUUACUGUAACGACAAAUGUUCAGUACCAGUGAUCUAAAAGCCCCUGCGUACCUUACUAUAAAGAACACAAUCCCAGUCCCUGGGCCAUAAUUCAUGUGGUCUAAAAGGCUUACUUUUUAUGUCUUUCUGUGCCCUGCUGAACCCAGCCAUUACCCUUCAGUUUUCUUCACGCUGCUUAUGCAUGUAUGUGUGUGUUGUUGGGCUGAGAGCUUAGUAUGUGUUUUGGGAUAUAAGGGUAAUAUGGUUUGAGGGGCUCAGAGCGAUGUGUUUCAGUGGGUGCAGCGUGAAGGGACUGUCGCACGCAGGGAAUCAUGCGCUUCGCAGGGCACUGAGUGUUGUGUGUGCCUGUCGAUGCAAAGCGAUGUGUGGGUAGGGGAAGACGGCAGCGAUGUUUGCCAGUCGACCAGAUCGAUGUUCGUGUGGUUGAGCUCAGAGUAUAGUGUCUGUUGGGGAGAGCAGUGCUCUGUGUGCUCCGGGAGGUACGGAGCGCUGUGUGUGACGGGGCAUAAGGGUGAUAUAGUUUUGUGGCACAGAGCGAUGUGUUUCGGGGGGCGGGGGAACACGCAGAGAGACGCGUGUUUCGGGGAUCGCAGAGCGAUGGCUGUGUCCAUCGGGGAGCAGAGGGUCGUUUGUGUCCUUAAGAUCAUCGCGUAGCUGGUGUUAGAGGGCGCUCAGCAAUGUCUACAUGUCAUUGAGGCACAAAGUGACGCGUAUCGGGGCCGCGGGGAGGGAGGAGGUGAAAGAUAAGGGAAGCGAUGGGACCAUCGUACUCAGGGCGAUGUGUAAGCGGAGCGCAGCGCUGUGCAGUCAGGGGGCGCAGAGCGUCUUUGGGGAGACGAGCGAUGUGUGUGUCAGUCGGUUCAGAGCGAUGGAAGUGUCGUUGGUAUCAGGGCGUAGCGUCUGUUGCGGCGAGCAGAGCACUGUAUGUGUCGGGGCAUAGGAAUAAUGUGUUUGGGGGGGGCGCAGAGCAAUCUGUUUCAGUUAGGGACACGCAGAGAUACGUGUUUCGGGGGGACACAGAGCGAUAGCUGUGUCCCUCGGACAGCAGACCGAUGUGUGUUGUUGGGAUCACAGAGCAGAGUAUGUUGGGCGAGCCGAGCUCUGCAUGCUUCAAUCGGGGGCAGGACGGUGGGGACAAGGGGACGAGAGCGAUGUGCCCGUCAUCGCUGCAAAGACGUAUG